AUGACUCUCCCAAGGACUGAAAUCAAGACAAGACCGAUUAUCUCGUCUUGUGGUGGACCAGCAGACGGAUUAAGCUGGCUCUUAGUUCGUUUGCUAUCGCCACUUUUGCGUUACGUGGGAGCACACAUUGUGAAUGUUGAAGAAUUUAUUUCGGCGCUUCACCAAUGUCCAGUACCGACGGGAGCCUUCUACGCGAGCUUUGAUGUAGUAUCCUCAUACACGAAUGUGAAUAACGCGGGAGCAGUGCAAGCUGUCUUAUCUCUCAUCGAGGAUAACAAAGACGAUAUCACGAUGAUGGGAUUUUCCCGCGGCGAAGUUAAGGAUCUCAUCGAAGCAACACUGGAAUGCAACAUUUUCUGCUUCGACAAUAAAUUUUACAGCAGAAACGAGGCCUUGCCAUGGGUAAUCGCGUAG